UUAUGAACAAUACAUAAAACGUGACCACUUCAAACCAUGUGUGUGUGUUGAUGAAUCCUGAAAUUAAAUUCCGAAUUCUAAACAAUAAAAAUCGUAAUCAUGCCUCGACCCGAGCAUCAGGCUCCACCGGAAAUUUUUUAUAAUGAAUCUGAGGCCAAAAAAUAUACACGAAAUACUCGAAUUAUCGAGAUUCAAACAUCGAUGAGUGAAAGAGCAAUUGAAUUGCUUGCGUUGCCAGAUGAUGGACAACCCAAAUAUUUGCUUGAUCUUGGUUGUGGAUCUGGAUUGAGUGGUGAAGUUUUGGAAGAAAACGGUCAUUAUUGGAUUGGUGUAGAUAUUAGUUCGGCAAUGUUGGACGUAUGUCGUGAACGUGAAUGCGAAACUGGUGAUACUAUUCAAAUGGAUCUUGGUCAAGGUGUUCCAUUUCGUGCAGGAACUUUUGAUGGUGCCAUAUCAAUUUCGGCACUACAAUGGCUAUGCAAUGUCGAUAAACGUGGCCAAAAGCCAGGAAAACGUCUUUCAAAAUUAUUCUCAUCGUUAUAUGCAUGUUUAUCACGUGGCGCUAAAGCAGUAUUUCAAUUUUAUCCAGAAAAUAGUGAUCAAGUUGAAUUGAUAACCAAAACAGCGAUGAAGGCCGGUUUUUAUGGCGGUUUGGUCAUCGAUUUUCCAAACAGCAGCAAAGCAAAAAAAGUCUUUCUCGUAUUAUUUACUGGUGGUGCUCCGCAAACCAUGCCAAAAGCAUUGGGCACUGGUGAUGAUGAAGAUGUGGAUCGUCAUGUCCCAAGUACGAUCGAUUAUGAUUCUAAACGAGAAAGAAUUCGUAAUGCAAGAAAUGCUAAAGUACCCAUCAAAUCACGACAAUGGAUUAUGGAUAAAAAAGAACGAUAUCGAAGACAAGGAAAAGAUGUUCGUGAUAAUAGUAAAUAUACAGGUCGAAGGAGAUCUGGGCGUUUUUGAUUUAUUCAUAAUAAUAAAAAAAUUUAUUUACAAAAAUCAA